AUGUUAAUACUUAUAAUAGUUCAUUUCAUCACUCUACCUGCACUGACAUCCAAAACAGUCAGAGGAGAAUCUACAAUGGAAGAUAAGAAUUUACCUGUGAUAAGUUCACGUGUAGUUCGGACUAAAUAUGGUGACAUACGAGGUUUUAUAAUAACUCCUGAGUCAAGGUUUCUUGAACCAGUCGAAGUGUUUAGAGGAGUACCCUAUGCAUCGCCUCCUAUAGGUUCCCUAAGGUUUAUGCCUCCAGUCUCGGGAGCUCAGUGGUCUGGUGUCAAAAUUGCUGAAGAAUUCAGUCCAGUCUGUCCACAAGUCCUUCCAGAUAUAAGAAAUGAAACAGCAGUCCUAAAAAGAAUUUCCAAAGGAAGACUUGAAUAUUUGAAGAGAAUAUUACCAUUUUUGACUAAUCAGUCUGAAGAUUGCCUGUAUUUGAAUAUCUACGCUCCAGCUCAAGCAGGUGUACGGGACGCAGUGGCGAGAUACCCCGUGCUGGUAUUUGUUCAUGGUGAAAGCUACGAGUGGAGCUCUGGAAAUCCAUAUGAUGGGACAGUCUUAUCAUCUCACGCAGGACUUGUGGUAGUCACCAUCAACUAUAGAUUGGGCAUAUUGGGUUUUCUGAAUCCCCGAUCAGAUGAGUUCCCUCGAUCCCCCGCGAACUAUGGGUUGAUGGAUCAAAUCGCCGCUUUGCAUUGGAUAAAAGAAAAUGUUGCGGUCUUUGGAGGAGACCCCACGAAUGUGACCCUCAUGGGUCACGGGACUGGUGCUGCGUGUGUUCAUUUUCUUCUCACAUCCCUUGCUGUUCCAGAAGGACUCCUCUUCCACAGAGCGAUAUUGAUGUCGGGGUCAGGCCUAAGCCCGUGGUCACUAGUGGCUGAUCCUAACAAAUAUGCGGAAAUAGUUGCAAACCACGCAAAUUGUUCUCCAGAACUUACUCCGCCUGCAUUACUACGAUGUUUACGAGAACGACCGUUAGAAGCGUUGUUGUCUGCACCUGUCCAUGCUCCCGACUUCUCUUACGCUUUCGGUCCGAGUGUAGAUGGAGUUGUGAUAGACACAGGCGACAUGCUUAUCAACCCCGAACCAGGGUAUGAAUGGCAGGUGGCGCGUGCCCCGCUUGGCAAGGGGGCCACUGCUGUGAACAUUAUCAAUGCUGUCCUUAUGCGGAAAAGUGCAAUCGCUCAACUUACUAAGUACGAUUUAAUGUUAGGAGUAACAAAAGCUGAAGCCUAUUUCGCCUUCAGUGGGGACGAUGUUCAAUAUGGAAUAGAAGCAGACAGAAGGUCGAAGAUUCUAAAAUCAUUUGUCCGAAACACAUACAGUUAUCAUUUGUCAGAAAUUUUAGCCACAAUUAUUAACGAGUAUACUGAUUGGGAGAGGCCGGUCCAGCAUCCCAUCAAUAUAAGAGAUGAGACUCUUGAAGCAUUGAGUGACGCGCAAGUUGUAGCACCCACAGUACUCACAGCAGACACUCAUUCGGCCUUACGACGAAAUUCCUACCUCUAUGUCUUCGAUUACCAAACGAAAUAUGGAGACUAUCCUCAACGCCAAGGCUGCAUUCACGGAGAGGAACUCCCGUACAUAUUUGGAGCACCACUAGUCGGCGGUCUGACUCACUUCCCCCGAAACUAUACUAAAUCAGAAGUAGCGCUGUCUGAAUCGGUUAUGCUAUAUUGGGGAAACUUCGCUAAAACUGGGAAUCCUAAUGAAGCCCAAGAGAGUGACCCAAUUAGAGCCGGACGACAAGAAAGGGUAAGAAUGAAGAAUAUUGAGUGGACCGCGUACGAAGCAGUACACAAGAAAUAUCUAAAUAUUGACAUCAAAUCAAAAUUGAAAAAUCAUUACAGAGCACAUAGACUGUCAUUCUGGUUAAACCUAGUACCAGAUCUCCAUCGACCGGGUGGAGAGGAUGUUCCUCAAUCGCAUCAUCAAUUAGAAAAUGAAGAAUCAUCAUUACAACCAACACUAAAAACUUUCACGCCCCCUUUUAAGAAGGCAACUGAAAUGGUGCUUACAGACACUGGUGUAGCCACCAAAAUCCCCUUACUAUCAGUGUUGAAUGUAACAUCGCCAUUAAAUUUUAAUAUUGUAGGAUUAAGUGCGGUGACCCAAAGCACUAUUGGUGUUUCUGAUGUUCACAAAACAGACGGAUCUACAUCAGCACCUCCAGAGGACGGCUUCGCUGCAUAUUCCACUGCCCUUAGUGUAACUAUAGCUAUAGGUUGUUCGUUGCUCAUAUUAAAUGUGCUCAUAUUUGCUGGUGUAUACUACCAACGAGAUAAAACAAGGAUGAACGGACAAGACGGCCACGCGAAUGGGUCGCAUUUAAAAAAACGUGUAGAAAACGGCCAGAUGCCGAACAAUAUUUGUGGUGAUCUUGAAGGCGCUUUGACAUUUCAGACGAGUUUAAAAAAUGAUCCUGCGACUAUUUUAAGUCAUCACCACACGCAUUCACACCACCAGCUUCCUCCGCCAGAAUUUGCUGAUUUGCCAAGUAAUAAUGUAGCUGGAAUGGCGACACUACCUCGAGCACCUCCUCCUCCAAAAAUUGGGAAAAGCAACAUAAAUACCCUAGCAAGUGGUCAGCUCCAGGAGAACCAGCCCUUGCUAUCUCAUCAGAUGCAAUUAAUGAAUACUAGUACGUUAACAAAGAAGAAUACUCAGUUAAAUGCGAAGUCGAAUGUUACAAUGGAGGAGUUGAGAGUG